AUGCCUCAAGAGCUCAAUGAUGAGAUCCUGGAAAGAGUACCACCGGCCAUCAAGAGACAAGACACGAAGUUCCACUCUGUCCUACCACCUGGACUGAAGUUGUCAGUGACUCUGGGACAUCUGGCCACUGGGGACAAUUACUCAUCACUCUCCUAUGCGUUUCGGUGCAGUAAGGCAGCCAUCUGCCAUAUAGUGCCAGAAGUGUGCAGGGCAUCGAGGAAGCCUACAACUUACAAGGACGAAGUGUUCACCGUUCCUGUGGCGCCCGAUGAGUGGAGAGCCCUUGCCCAGGAGUUUGAAGACAAGUGGACUGUGCCUCAUGCGGUAGGAGCUCUAGACGGGAAGCAGUAA